AAUUAAGGAUCUUUUUGGUUAAUCAAAAAAAAGAGAAAAAAAAUUCCAAAAAAAUUUAAUAAAUUUAAUAAAUUUCAACAAAAAAACAGGUAUAAUUAUAUAAUGAAUGGUUUAUGGUUUCAUCUAAUUUAUAUUUGUUGUAAUUUGUUAAAUUCUUUUCAAAAACGUUUAUUAACAUCAUUAUCCUCAUCAAAUAAUGAUAAAAAUAAUGACGAAAAUAAAAUAAAGGAUAAAAAAAAGGAAAAUAAAGAAAUCGACAAAAUUGACAAGAAUGAAUUUAAUCAAAAGAAUAAUAAUGGAUCAAAAUAUCAACCAAGUAUUGAUGAUAUAUUAGAACAAGAAGAAUCUUCAUCAUCAAAAGAUAAAGAAAAGAUGGAUAAUUUUUUAUUUAAUUUUUCAUCAAAUGAACCCAAAAAAUCUUUAUCACAAACUAUUUCAUCAUCAACAACAUCAUCAUCUUCAACAUCAUCUUCAAAUAAUGAGAUAGCAAAACUUUUAUCAGAUUUUUUAGUUCUAACGGAAGAAAAUUAUAUUCUUCAUAUUCAUGCAUCAUAUAAUAAUACUAUAGUAACAUUAACAAAUUCUCGUGGUAAUAUUUUAAUAACUAAAUCAGGAGGUAGUGUUGGAUUUAAAAAAUCUCAAAGAGGUGGUUAUGACUAUGACCAUUAUGACUUGUAUAAUUAUAUAAUGAAUGGUUUAUGGUUUCAUCUAAUUUAUAUUUGUUGUAAUUUGUUAAAUUCUUUUCAAAAACGUUUAUUAACAUCAUUAUCCUCAUCAAAUAAUGAUAAAAAUAAUGACGAAAAUAAAAUAAAGGAUAAAAAAAAGGAAAAUAAAGAAAUCGACAAAAUUGACAAGAAUGAAUUUAAUCAAAAGAAUAAUAAUGGAUCAAAAUAUCAACCAAGUAUUGAUGAUAUAUUAGAACAAGAAGAAUCUUCAUCAUCAAAAGAUAAAGAAAAGAUGGAUAAUUUUUUAUUUAAUUUUUCAUCAAAUGAACCCAAAAAAUCUUUAUCACAAACUAUUUCAUCAUCAACAACAUCAUCAUCUUCAACAUCAUCUUCAAAUAAUGAGAUAGCAAAACUUUUAUCAGAUUUUUUAGUUCUAACGGAAGAAAAUUAUAUUCUUCAUAUUCAUGCAUCAUAUAAUAAUACUAUAGUAACAUUAACAAAUUCUCGUGGUAAUAUUUUAAUAACUAAAUCAGGAGGUAGUGUUGGAUUUAAAAAAUCUCAAAGAGGUGGUUAUGACUAUGACCAUUAUGACUUGUAUGACCGAUCAUAA